GAUCCUGGUACUAAUUCGGAGGAACGGAGAACGGAUGUUGCUGCGGACUGGUACCGCACAGUCGAUCCGCGAACUCGAAAGCUGCCGCGAAGCUACGCGAAUCGACCUUUGAUAGCGCUUUUCAUGAACUUUUGUGAGCCACUCGGUGGCGAAGAGUUCGCGACGGCUCUCUACAGAGAACGAUACGAAUGAGCAUCUUUAUUCCACCUGAAACGUUGCCAGUCCCUUUGGAGUAAGGACCUGAUGAAGGAUCGAAUCAUGGGCCGCACAGGAUACACGUGUAUCAGGCAUGUUUUCUGCUCCGUCAACGUUUUAAUCUGGUUAUGCGCUUGCGGAAUUUUGGGUGCGGGCCUUUGGCUGCGACUGGCUUACUCCGGAUACGCGACCUUGGUACCACAGUACAGCUUCGUGUCGGCGGAUUCGCUGCUACUCGCCGCGGGAUGCGUCACAUUCGUCAUUGCCUUCUUCGGAUGCUGCGGCGCGUGGUUCCAGUCAAGAUGCAUGCUGAUCACGUAUUUCAGUCUGGUAAUACUCAUGUUUCUCGCCGAGUUCAUGCUGGGCACCUUGGCGUUCGUGUUCAGAGAACAUCUCGCGAGGAGCUUGAAGGAGGAGCUAUUGUACGGCAUUGAGAAGCAUUACAAUAUCACGAGGGAGCCGGGAACACUUUCUGCCAUGUGGGACCAUAUACAUACCGAGUUUCAUUGCUGCGGUGUACGCGAUUACACGGAUUGGUUCCAAAUUGAAGCAUGGCCAGAGGAGGAUCGAGUGCCGGAUUCUUGCUGCAUGUAUCGAGAACGGUACUGCGGUCGCCUAGAUUCGGAAGGUCGUAAUAAGGAACUCUGGUUCAAGGAAGGAUGUGCGACUGCCAUUCAAAUGUGGCUGAUAACCAGACUCCACGUAGUGGGCACGGUGGGGCUCGUCGUAGCCUUUCUCCAGCUAUUCGGUCAGGUGGCCAGCAUGAUUCUCUUCUGCACAGUCAGGCAUAAGAGAUCAUCUCACACGUACAAGAGUUACGACACUACCAAUACCUAGAAUUUCAGAUCGAUCUUA